UGCGGAAAUGUUCUUCAUCCAGUGAAUAUAUUGAAUCGAUACAAUAAUGUGCAUAAAGUAGAUCAUUAAUUGUGGUAAAUUUCGUAUGUUUGUCUGUUUAAUUAGAUACAAUAUUAAGGAGUAGGUAUAGUCGUAAAAUUCUGAGAUUAAUGAAUGUAACUCUUUAAAAUGUCUAAACUAAUCACGAAGAAAGUGAUAAACUCGCCGGAGACCUGCGUGGAUGACAACCUGCGAGGGGUGGUAGCAUUGUACCCGAAUUUGAAGCUUCAUCCUAAGCACAGAGUUGUUACUUUACGUCAAAACCGCGACUCUAAAAGAGUGGCCGUUCUUGGCGGAGGCGGUUCGGGCCAUGAACCGUUUGCAGCAGGUCUCAUCGGUGCCGGCAUGUUGGAUGGCGCGGUGGCGGGCGGAGUGUUCGCCUCUCCCCCCACUGGGAACGUGCUGUAUGCUAUAACGCAGUUAUAUAAAUAUAAUUCAGGUGGUGUAUUAGUUCUUCUUGGAAAUUAUACUGGCGAUCGAUUGAACUUCGGAAAAGCCUUUGAGAAGGCUAAGGUAGCUGGUAUAAAGGUGGAAGGCUUUAUCGUGGGCGAGGACGUCGCAUCGAGCCACAACAAAACCGGCGGACGGAGCAUGUGCGGAGAAGUGUUUUUAUACAAACUAUGUGGCAGCAUGUCCCAAAAGGGGUACGAUCUCCAGACAAUUCACAAAAUGGCAGGAGAAGUGAACAAGCACAUGGCCACUUUAGGAGUUUGUUUGUCUGCUUGUUCUUUGCCUGGCCAACCACCACUAUUCGAAAUAGCAGCUGAUGAAAUGGAGAUAGGCGCGGGCGUGCACGGCGAGGCGGGUGUGGAAAAACGCAAGAUGGGAACUGCGAAGGAAAUCGUUGCUAUAAUUCUGGACCAGGUAACCGCACAUUUGAAAUUGAAAGCCGGUGCACGAGUAGCCGCCAUGAUCAACAACAUGGGAGGCACUUCGUUAAUGGAAAUGAAUAUUAUUGCCGCUGAAAUAAAGGAUUAUUUGGAUCAAAAGAAAAUCCGCGUCGAAAGGAUAUUCUCAGGGCACCUAAAAACCUCGCUCGACAUGCAGGGCUUCCAAAUCUGUUUGUUACACCUAAAUGAUACAAAUGGUGACCUCUGGUUGGAAUUGAUUGAUUUCCCCACUAAUGCGUUAGGCUGGGUGGGGGGAGCCAUGUCUGUGGGGGAUGGUGGGGAUGGGGAUGACGAGGAUGAAGAGGAUGGAGUACAGAAUGAUGCGAAGAAGAUCCAAUCCGGUCCCGUUCUCCCCACAAAAACGCAAGAUCUCGUCCGUUCCGCGCUGUGCGUCGCGUGUGACGACCUAAUAAAGAAUGAGCAGCUGUUGAAUAGACUUGACUCGGGCUGCGGGGACGGAGACUGCGGGAUUACCCUCAAGAAGUUUGCAGAAGCCGUUAAAUCCUACUCAAAGACAGCGUCCUUCGAAUAUCCUUCUAAAUUCCUGUGGGAGCUGUCAGAAAUAGCGGAAACGGAUAUGGGCGGCACUUCCGGUGGAGUGUAUAGUCUGGGAUUAGCGGCAGCUGCGCAGGAGUUUAUGAGCGCCAAAACAAAUGACAGCGAAACAUGGUUAUCAGCGUGGAACUCUGCAAUGGCAGCCAUCACAAAGUAUGGUGGCGCGGAGCCUGGAGAUAGGACUAUGUUGGACACAUUACACGCGGCAGCGAUAGCAUUUAAAGAGGGUUUAGCAAAAUCAAAUUCAAUAAAAGAUAUUCUUAGAAAAGUAAUAGAUGCCGCGGACAAAGGUGCAAAGGCCACAGCUAAUAUGGUAGCCAGGGCGGGUCGAGCCUCGUACGUAGCGAGCGGGUACACGCGCGACGAGGACGCGGGCGCGCGUGCGGCUGCCGUGUGGAUCAACGCUAUACUUAGUACUAUUGUGGAACAAUGUUAACUAUAAGAUUGUUAUAAUUUGUUGUUAAUA